AAUUGGGCGACGGCGAUGGGAGCUGGAGCGGCGCCGCAGGUGUGCACCAAUUCGUCCGCGUAUAAAUUUGGCGUCCUUCCGGAAGCGGACUUGCCGCUACUUCGCCAGCGCAUCCUCGACCACGCCUCCUCGCUGCCGUCUCCACUGUUCGGCACGAUCUUGCUCACGGUGGAAGGGCUCAACAUCCGGCUGAGCGGGUCGACGGAUGCCGUCUUGGCCAUGCAGUCAUUCUUGAGUGAUCAACUGCAUGCGAACUUGACUCCAAUCGAGUACAAAGACUCGUACACGGAUGAGCCAACACUGCGCAAGUUCCUCGUCCGCAUCAAGAAGGAAGUGAUCUCGAUGGGCAUGACCGACGUGGUCAAUCCGGCACAGACUGGCCUCGCCCAGCACAUUUCCCCCGAGGAUUUCAAAGACUGGAUGGACCAACGCAAGGACAUGCUGAUUCUUGACACGCGCAACGACUACGAGGUGCGGCUAGGUACAUUUGAGAACGCGGUGGACCUCAACAUCAAGAGCUUCCGUGUGUUUCCCGAGGUGGCCAAGACGCGGCUGGACUCUGUGCCCAAGGAGAAGCCGAUCGUGAUGUUUUGCACGGGCGGGGUUCGAUGCGAGAAAGCUGCGUAUGCGCUGCAGCUUCAAGGACAUUCCAACGUGUAUCAGCUCGACGGCGGGAUCCUUCGUUACUUUGAAAAGUGCGGAGGCGCUCAUUACCGCGGCGACUGCUACAUCUAUGACGACCGCGUUGCGUUGACGCCUGCGUUGACCAAGGCCGAGCACAUUGGGAUGUGUUUCGUCUGUCGGAAUCCUCUCACGCAGGACGAGCUGUCGUCGGCCGAGUACGUGGCCACCGUGAGUUGUCCAUAUUGCGUUGGCGGCAAGCGGUCCGACUUUCGGUCCGUCGUGUAGGCAAUUGGUAUUGAAUGCAGCGUUUUGAUUGGUGGACAG